UUUUGUGCUCCCUGAGUUUUCGCAUGUCCGUAGCCGAAACGACAUUUUCUCCUAUUAUCAAUUAUCAUAUCCUCCCUUUUCAUUUCUAUUUCCAUUCUUCAAUCUUGAUCCCAAACACACGCGCCAAUGCUACAAAUAAAUGAAUAAUAGAUGGCAUGAGGUUGAUCCUCUUCUCUUCUGUUGUAAUCAUUACUCAUCAUCAGAAGCUUUGGCUUCUGUACUUCUGUUAGAGAAUCGAUCGUGCUUACUGACUUGUUCGUAGAAUAUGGAUGGAUAUAGAUUGAUCUCCCAUGUUUGAAACCUCGUUACCAGCUAAUCUGUCUUGUUUCCGUUUGGAGAUUUAAUGCGAAUAUGUCGAGUUUCGUGGGCGUAAUCGUCUCUGAUCCUUGGCUUCAGAGCCAAUUCACUCAAGUUGAGCUUCGAGGCCUUAAAUCUAAGUUUCUCUCAGCAAAGAACCAAUCUGGAAAUGUUACAUUCGCAGAUUUGCCACCAGUAUUGGCAAAAUUGAAGGGGGUCACUGAAUUGACAGAAAAUGAGAUCACGGAGAUCUUAAAGGAGUCAUCUCCUGAUUUAAACGAAGAAGUUGAUUUUGAAUCCUUCCUUCGGCAUUAUUUGGACCUGCAAGCUCAGGCCUCAGCUAAAGUGGGUGGUCCCCAACCUCAAUCGUCGUUUCUCAAAGCAACUACAACUACACUACACCACACAAUUAGUGAAUCCGAAAAGUCUUCCUAUGUCGCCCACAUCAACAACUAUCUUGGAGAAGAUCCAUUCUUGAAGGAUUAUCUCCCCCUAGAUCCAGCUAGCGAUGAUAUCUUCGAAUUGGCAAAGGAUGGUGUUCUUCUAUGUAAACUCAUAAAUGUAGCUGUACCUAAUACUAUAGAUGAGCGAGCGAUCAAUACUAAGAAGGUUCUAAAUCCAUGGGAGAGGAACGAGAACCAUAACCUUUGCCUCAAUUCUGCAAAGGCAAUUGGGUGCACAGUGGUCAACAUUGGCACACAGGACCUAAUUGAAGCAAGACCUCAUUUAGUCGUUGGGUUGAUGUCCCAAAUAAUCAAGAUACAAUUGCUAUCUGAUCUUGAUUUAAAGAAGACGCCUCAACUUGUUGAGCUGGUGGAGGAUACCAAUGAUGUAGAGGAGCUUAUGGGAUUAGCCCCAGAGAAAGUUCUUCUCAAAUGGAUGAACUUUCAUCUGAAGAGAGCAGGAUUUGAGAAGCAGGUUACAAAUUUUUCCUCAGAUUUGAAGGAUGGAGAAGCUUAUGCUCACUUGCUCAAUGCACUCGCCCCAGAACUUGGCACAAACUCAACAUUAGAAACAACAGAUCCCACUGAAAGAGCAAAAUUGAUUAUUGAGCAAGCUGAAAAGCUAGAUUGUAAAAGAUAUGUUACUCCAAAGGACAUCGUUGAGGGAUCAGCAAAUCUAAAUCUUGCAUUCGUUGCUCAAAUAUUUCAACACAGAAAUGGACUAUCAGUGGACCAGUCAAAGAUACCUGUUCCUGAUAUGAUGGAAGAUGAUGCUCAAACUUCACGUGAAGAGCGAUGCUUCCGGCUGUGGAUUAAUAGCCUUGGGAUUGAAACCCACGUCAACAAUUUAUUUGACACUGUCAGGGGAGGAUGGGUUCUACUAGAAGUACUUGAAAAGGCCUCUCCUGGGUCUGUUAACUGGAAAAAAGCUUCAAAAUCUUCCAUUAAUAUGCCUUUCAAGAAACUUGAGAAUUGCAACCAAGUUGUGAGUAUUGGAAAGGAUUUGAAUCUCUCCCUGGUGAAUAUAGCUGGAAAUGAUAUUGCGCAGGGAAACAAGAAGCUCAUAAUUGCUUUUCUGUGGCAGUUAAUGAGAUUUAGCAUGCUCAACCUGUUGAAAAACUUGAGACAGCAUUCCCAGGGAAAGGAAAUUGGAGAUGCUGACAUACUGAAUUGGGCAAACGAGAAAGUCAAGAGAUCUGGUAGAAGUUCCCAAAUGGAAAGCUUCAAGGAUAAAAACCUCGCAACUGGGAGAUUCUUUCUCGAACUUUUAAGUUCCGUUGAGCCAAGGGUGGUGAACUGGGCCCUAGUGACGAAGGGCACAACUGAUGAAGAUAAGAAAUCAAAUGCAACAUAUAUUAUCAGUGUCGCUCGAAAGCUUGGAUGCUCCAUAUUCUUAUUGCCUGAGGAUAUAAUUGAGGUGAACCAGAAGAUGAUCCUGACCUUGACAGCAAGUAUCAUGUACUGGAGCCUGCAGAAGAAGGUGGGAGAUCUUGAGCCUUCGUCUCCUAGUCAGCAAUCUGAGCCUCCGUCUCCUAGUCAGCAAUCUGAGCCUCCGUCUCCUAGUCUGAGCAAUAACGAAUCACCACCGUCUCCGAGAGGUGAUGAUGGCUAGUCUGCAUCAAGUACUGGCGUUCGACAAGAAGUAAUUAGCGGUUAAUAGUCGUUUUCACAAACUGGGAAUUCAACUGGGUCUAGCACAGUUGAAAUUUAUAUGGAGUGGAGAGUUGAGAUAUAGGUUCUGGUAGGAAAAUUCAUGGUAGAGUAAGCAAGAAGGUAUGCAUAACCUUCGAGUUUGAUAGUAGCCACAUCUGCAUUGUUUGGAUACAGUUGAAGUGAGGAAACAGUUUUGUAUGGCACAUUCAUGUUGUUUAUAUUGCAAAGUUAUGUCAUGGUAUAUAAAUAUAGCUUUGGUUUUCA